UAUGGCCGGAGCAGCGGUUCGGUACCGGAGAAUGGUAGAAAUACAAACGGGGCAGCGCAAGACCAGACACUGGACCUGCCAGUCCUUUAGUUUUUAUUUCAAUUUUCUCCUUUCUCCAGGUGUGUUAUAGUAGGAAAUAAUAAUAAUUGAAAAGAUGGCCACGUCGUCCAGCGCUACCUUGAGCAAAGUCAUCAAGCAGCAUUACCUGGAGUUGCGUCAGGGCGAUAAAGUCCAGGCCAUGUACAUCUGGGUCGACGGAACCGGAGAGGGGCUCCGGUGUAAAACGAGGACUUUGGAUUUUGAGCCCAAAAGUGUUGAAGAACUUCCCGAAUGGAACUUCGACGGUUCCAGCACUUACCAGGCCGAAGGCUCCAACAGCGACAUGUAUCUCAUCCCUGCCGCCAUGUUCCGUGACCCCUUUCGCAAAGACCCAAACAAGCUGGUGCUCUGUGAGGUUUUCAAGUACAACCGCAUGCCUGCAGAAACCAACCUGCGGCUGAAAUGCAAUAAGGUGAUGAAGAUGGUAGAAGAGCAAGUUCCCUGGUUUGGCAUGGAGCAGGAGUACACCAUCCUGGGCACGGACGGACACCCCUUUGGCUGGCCGUCCAAUGGAUUCCCAGGACCUCAAGGUCCAUACUACUGUGGUGUGGGAGCAGACAAAGCCUAUGGACGAGAUAUAGUGGAGGCCCAUUACAGAGCUUGUCUCUACGCUGGGGUUCAGAUCUGUGGCACAAAUGCAGAAGUGAUGCCGGCCCAGUGGGAGUUCCAGGUUGGCCCGUGCGAAGGGAUCGACAUGGGCGACCAUCUGUGGGUUGCGCGCUUCAUCCUGCACCGCGUUUGCGAAGAUUUCGGAGUGAUCGCGUCGUUUGACCCCAAGCCGAUCCCCGGCAACUGGAACGGCGCCGGCUGCCACACAAACUUCAGCACGAAGGAGAUGAGAGAAGACUGUGGAUUGAAAGCCAUCGAGGACUCCAUCGAGAAGCUGGGUAAGAGGCACCGCUAUCACAUCCGUGCCUACGACCCCAAAGGCGGGCUGGACAACGCCCGCCGCCUCACCGGCCACCACGAGACCUCCAACAUCAACGAGUUCUCAGCAGGCGUGGCCAACCGCGGCGCCAGCAUCCGUAUUCCGCGCAACGUGGGCCAGGAGAAGAAGGGUUACUUCGAGGACCGCCGCCCGUCGGCCAACUGCGACCCGUAUGGCGUCACAGAGGCGCUCGUUCGCACCUGUUUGCUGAGCGAAGAGGGCGAUGAACCCGCGGAUUACUGAAGCCACAACUCGUGGAUUGACUCCAACUGCCCACCCUCCUAAAUUGACCUUUUCUUUGAAGUAGUACUGUAUUUUCUUCCCAACCCCUCUCACUGUUUAACCUGCAUUUUAAAUGGCUUCAAGUUGGCUGGUCAACUUAAAAUGGCUAAUUAAAGUCUUUAGUAGUCCCCCUCUGGUCGUGGCAGGGUACACCUUCCCCUCGUCAUUAGAAGGGAUUGGCUUUUGUAACGUCUUUUUCUAGCCAUGUCAAUGCUGUUCCCCAAUCCCAUAAAUGAACUCAAGCACAUGGACACUGAAGCGUAGAGCUGCUAAAGCUGCACAGCAUGUACGGUUUAACAAGUCUUUAGUUCAUGUCCUGCUAAUUUACUUUGGUCUUUUCCAACUACCCACGGUACUAACUCUUUGAUUUUGUUUUUUAUUAUGUGUAUUUUUAAAUGGCAACGUUUGUCUUCAGAUUUCUGACACACUGGGUCAACUAUGUUGGUACACUUGUAGAUGUCUGUGCCCAGAUUAUGUAUGACGUUCAAAUGUGGUGGAUCUGUCCAUAAUGCCAUUUGUAGAUUUUCCUCAAGGAGUUUUAUCCUUUCGUUAAGGCACCCAGUUUGGUAAAUUUGUCAAGUUUACUGAACCUUGGUUAUUUUUCUCUUGAUACAUUUAAAACUUAUUUUUAUCACGA